AUGCAAAAAGCUUCUUCAUCGACUUCACUCAACAACUCGGUGUAUGAUGGAUCGUCCUCGUUAUCAUCGGGAUCCAUAACCACGAACGAUGAUUUGGAUUUACUUGUAAUUUUAUUGGAUGUGAAUCCGUACACGUGGGGAAAGAGAAAAUUAGACUUAACCAACGGAGUAGCAGCAUCCAAGAAUUUAAUUUCAUUUUCUCAAUUUGUGAAUCACUUGUUGGUUUUUAUUAACAUGUAUCUGACCAUUCAGAGGAAUAAAAAGAUUGCAGUGAUCGCUAGUUCCGAUCAUAGUAAAUCACAUUUCCUCUAUCCGAGUCGAACCACCUUUGCUAAAAAAGAAGUUCAUAAUUACAACAAAAUUUAUUCCAAAGAAAGCGGAAGUGUCUUGAAUCAAGCCAACUCGGGAGAAGAUGUGAAAGAUUUCUUCUUGAAUGAAAUCACUUUUGAGAGUGUUUCUAAUUCAAUCUUGAAUGGUCUUUUUCAAAUGAAUGAGGACCAUACCAGUUCCGAUGACGAUCAAGCCAUGGUGGAUCAAGAAGAAACCACCACCGAAGAUGCAUCAGGUUUCCAUCAUACAGUAUCCCGCACACAUGGUUUCUCUUUGUGUGGAGCCCUCACGAUGGCUUUAUGCUUUAUUAACAGAUUGGAGAAGGAGAAACCAGAAGGAACCACACUCAACUCGAGAGUGUUAACAUUCCAAGUCUCACCUGACAUUUCUUCACAGUAUAUUUCAGUCAUGAACUCGAUAUUUUCUGCCGAAAAGAUGGGAAUUACAUUAGAUGCAUGUGUAUUGUCAACCCAAGAUUCCACAUUUUUGCAACAAGCUUGCUUUUUAACAGGUGGAAUGUAUUUGAAACCUCAAAGACAAGAAGGUUUGAUUCAAUAUCUCACAACAAUAUUCAUGAUUGAGAAGAAUCUUCGAUCCUACAUUCAAUUACCUGUACAGAACACUGUUGACUUCAGAGCAAGCUGUUUUGAAACUAGAAAACCCAUUGAUGACGGCUAUGUUUGUCCCGUUUGUUUAUCCAUUUUCAGCAAAUUCAAACCAGUAUGCUCUACGUGUGAAUCAAAAUUACAAAGACCAACAAACAGGUCCGUCUUAUCAUUCAAAUAG